ACCCAUUCAUCUCUCUCUCUUAUUUCAUUUCUCUCUUCGAAUCUAAUUCCCAUCCUCUCUCCGAUUAGUUAGCUUGGCCGUGAAAUUCCGUCAUCACCAAUGGCGGCUUCUCUCAGAAUGGGCUCUUCUGUCGCCUCAACAUCCUCUUCCUCCGCUUCUCCUCUCCCUCGAUUUUCUCGUCAACCGUCCAGGAUCACGAUGAUUACACCGACUAGUAACCUUUCUUUCACUCUCAAAUGUGACCUCACCUCGGACUCUGCUUCUAUUCGCGACACUGGAUCCAAUGCGUCCACCAGCAUCUCCGCUCUUCAGCUUCUCAAAACAUCCGCUGCAGAUAGAUACACAAAGGAAAGUAGCAGCAUUAUUGUCAUAGGUCUUAAUGUUCACACUGCACCAGUUGAGAUUCGUGAAAAACUUUCCAUACCUGAAGCACAAUGGGGGCAGGCCAUUACUGAUCUAUGUGGCCUUCCUCAUAUAGAAGAAGCAGCUGUUCUUAGUACCUGUAAUCGUAUAGAAAUCUAUGUUGUUGCAUUAUCUCAGCAUCGUGGAAUUAAAGAAGUCACUGAAUGGAUGUCAAAGAUAAGUGGCGUUCCUGUUCCAGACCUCUGUAAUCAUCGCUUCUUACUUCACAACAACGACGCUACCCAACACUUAUUCGAAGUAUCAUCUGGUCUAGAUUCUCUUGUUCUUGGAGAAGGUCAAAUUCUUUCUCAGGUGAAGCAAGUUGUAAAAUCCGGUCAGGGAGUCCCUGGCUUUGGUCGCAAAAUCAGUGGGUUGUUCAAGCACGCUAUCACCGUCGGGAAGCGAGUAAGAACCGAGACAAACAUAUCUACUGGCUCUGUUUCCGUUAGCUCUGCUGCAGUAGAUCUCGCCCUGAUGAAGCUGCUUCCUGAAUCAUCUUACGCCAAUUCUAGAGUAAUGGUAGUUGGAGCUGGAAAGAUGGGAAAACUGGUGAUCAAACACUUGAUUGCCAAGGGAUGCACAACAAUGGUAGUUGUCAAUAGAACAGAGGAUAAAGUUGCAGCAAUUCUUAAAGAAGUUGACGAUGUGAACAUUAUUUACAGACCUCUCUCAGAAAUAGUGAAAUCAGCAGCUGAAUCCGAUGUUAUUUUCACUUGCACUGGGUCGGAAGUGGCUCUAUUUACAAAAGAGCAAGUUCAGAUUCUACCAAAUAUUGGAUCUGGGAGUGGACGGAGACGGCUUUUCAUUGACAUAUCAGUUCCAAGGAAUGUAGAACCUAGCGUUUCGAGUGUGGAAGGUGUUUGUUUAUACAAUGUAGAUGAUUUGAAGGAAGUGGUGACCGCUAACAAGGAGGAGAGAUCACGUAAAGCAAUGGAAGCUGGGAUGAUAAUCUUGAAUGAGGUGAGCGAAUUUGAAGCGUGGAAGGAUUCAUUAGAGACAGUUCCGACUAUAAAGAAGCUAAGGGCGUAUGCAGAAAGGAUCAGGAUAUCGGAAGUUGAGAAGUGUUUAUCUAAGAUGGGUAAUGACAUAACGAAACAACAAAGAGAUGCGGUUCAUCAUCUUAGUUUGGGAAUUGUGAACAAGCUCCUUCAUGGUCCUAUGCAACACUUGAGAUGCGACGCCAGUGGCGAUGAUCGGAGUUUGAAUGAGGUACUUGAGAAUAUGCACGCACUUAACAGGAUUUUUGGUCUUGACACAGAUGUGUCUGUUUUGGAGGAGAAAAUACGCAGCAAAAUCGAACAAAGUCGCAAAUAA